AUGAAAUUCAUGAAAAUUCAAGAGGGUGAGAAAAGAGGUGAGAAAACAGGUGAGAUCUCACCUCUUCACCUAAAAUAUAUUUUGGGUCAUUUACACUCAUUGACGAUGAAGAACUUGACAACUAUUCUAUAUUUUUACCCAUAUGAAAUGUACGCCGCUCAGAAUAUAACGCCAACAGUUUUGGAUGCCAUGAAUGGAAAUGUUUCCGAAUGGUAUAACGAAUGCGACAAUGCCAUUAGAAGGUCAGAAAUAGUUCCUGGAACUUACGAAUAUACAACUGCUGUUUCUUAUGGAAACGUAGGUGAGUUUGGAGAAGGUUCUUCAACAACAGUAGAUAUUGCUUGCGACAGGUUUCAUAUAAUUUCUAUUGACAACUCUUUCUUAUACGUGGAACAAGACAUUGAAAUAAAACCUUCUGCCAAGUUGUCUGACAAGAAAGGUUGCAAUGGAAUUUUCUAUGUCGGAUACCAAUAUGCUCCAGAAGUUUUCAUGGGAUAUAAGAUAUAUUCUAACUCUGACUUAGUUCAAACAGUAACAUGGGCAAACUAUGAAUGGUUCGCUUUGAGAAACUCAGUACAACCACAAGCUAGAGAACAAACAGACCAGUAUGCAACUAUUGAGAAAAUAAGAAGACUUGACCCUAACGUUCCAGGAGUUUAUGUUAACCUUUCUGGACAAACUGCAGCAGCAGUAACCAAAGUAAAAUUGAAACUUAGAGUUCCUUUGUCAUCUUUCCUCAUCUUCAGGUUUUUAAGAUACUUGCCAAACUGGGCAGGAAAAAUUUCUAUCGAACUUACUCCAAGCAAAAAUAACUUAGUCAUUGCACCAACACAAGACCCAUUCACUCUUACAGACGUAA